GACGGGGAAGACUCGACGAUUUCCACGCGACGGCUUGCGAGUUGUGUAGUGUUUUAUUGCGUGACUGUGAACGUAUUUAUGUUUAAUUUAAGUUUAUAGCCGCCAUGAUUUUGAAAUUCCACUAACACGCUUGUGUAAGGACCGAUAACAUGAUGGAGUGAGAAGAAGUUUGUUUCGGCUACUUGGUUUUGAAAGGCACUCGAGCGAGAUAUGUGUGCAGUGUCGCAGAAUAAUGAGCGGUUCUCUUCCUAACUCUCCGGAUGGAAAUGAAGACUAUGUAGUGCAGCAGGAGAAUGAGCUGGAAGCCCUUGCGUCCAUAUUCGGAGACGACUUUAAGGACAUCCGGACUGAACAUCCGUGGAAGAUUAAGCGUCCUCCGGAAGUGUACCUUUACCUGCGCCCAAAAGGUUUGAGUCAUGGUCAGGAGUGUUAUGUGACUGUGGACUUGCAGGUCAGAUGUCCACCAACAUAUCCUGAUGUGCCUCCAGAACUAGAACUAAAGAAUGCCAAAGGACUCUCAAAUGACAAAAUUCAAAACCUGCAAAGUCACCUAGCCAAACUUUCCCUGGACCGCUGUGGAGAGGUAAUGAUCUAUGAGCUAGCAGACUUUGUGCAGGGCUUCCUUACAGAGCACAACGUUCCACCUUCUCGCUCCUUCCAUGAGGAGAUGCUGAAGAAUCACCGGCGGGAGCAGGAACGUCUGGCUCUGGAGGAACAGCAGAGGAUUGACCAGCGCCGCAGGCAGGAAGAACAGAUGCAAAAUGAGAUACUUGCUGAAAUCCAGAGACGAGAAGAGGAGAAGCGAGAGGAGAAGAGGAAGAAAGAGAUGGCCAAGUUGGAGCGUUUGGAGAGUGUGUCUCAGCCGACUUUAGGAAGCCCAGUGGCAGGCAGUGCCAGUUCCCCUGUACCUCUUACUGAAACAACAGAGAACAGAAGAGGAGUUUCUAACAGACGUCGCACUACUUCCAGCAGCAGACACAGGCGAGACACGUACAAUGAAGACAAUCCAAGUCCUCAUGAAGUCCUACACUUCAGCAACAGUACCAUGGGUGAGAUCCUGGUUCACAGAGGAAAAUGCAUAGGUAAGAGUGAGAGGCUGGGCCGGAGUGUGUUCUAUGCCCUCAAUGCAACCUCAGGAGAAUUUGCUGUUGUGUACGAAUGGAUGCUUUGCUGGAACAAGAAGAUCGGGAAAUUCUUCACCAGCCAGGAGAAAGAAAAGAUUGAAAAAUGUAAAAAACAGAUCCAUGGAGCAGAGAGUGAGCUGAACUCACUACUAAAGCUGGACCACCCCAACCUGGUGUGCUACCAGGGGAUGAGCUACAGUGAGCGUGAAGAUUGCCUGGUGGUGGACCUCCUGGCUGAGCAUGUGCCCGGUAGCAGCCUGGCCCAGAGCCUCUCUGCAGGAACACAGCUACCCCCAGAUCAGUUGAGGCACCACACCACCCAGCUACUCGCCGCUCUAGACUACCUCCACAACAAUUCGGUGGUGCACAAGCAGCUGGCAGCCUCCUCUGUGCUUCUAGAUACUCAAGGCAAUGUGAGACUGACUGACUACAGCCUGGCUAAAAGGUUAGGGGACGUAUGCAAGGAGGACAUUUUUGAGCAGGCUCACGUGCGCUUCAGCGAGGACACACUGCCAACACCCACCGGCAAGAAAGGGGACAUCUGGAGCCUCGGGCUGCUUCUUUUGGCUCUCGCUCAGGGAAGCGAGGUCAAGGAGUACCCUGUGACCGUUCCAUCCAGCCUACCUGCUGAUCUUCAGGAUUUCCUUAAAAUGUGUGUUUGUCUUAAUGAUGCUGACCGCUGGAACACUCAGCAACUGCUAGAGCACCCGUUUCUGCUGCCACCCUCACCAAAGAGCCUUCCUCCAUGCCAGGAGCCCAGUCCUGAGGACUUGGAGGUGGAUUUUGCAUCGACAGUUAUUCCGCAGAGUCACCUUCUCAGCGCCCCUUUCAGUACAGUGGUGCAGAAACAGUUCUCUCGUUACUUCAGCGAGUUCGAGGAGCUCCAGCUGCUGGGGAAAGGUGCUUUUGGAGCAGUUAUCAAGGUACAGAACAAGUUGGAUGGCUGCUAUUACGCCGUCAAACGGAUUCAGGUGAACCCAGCCAGCAAGCAGUUCCGCCGUAUUAAGGGAGAGGUGACCCUUCUGUCACGCCUGAACCAUGAGAACAUUGUGCGUUAUUACAACGCGUGGAUCGAGAGACACGAGGCGCCGUCCACAGGGGCAGAGAACAGCGACACCUCCGAGCCAGCCAGCGCUCCUGAGCUCCCUUCACGACCUGCCGCUGCGCCUCGCCUCAAUGAGCUCGGCUUCCUCGACAACGUGGAGGACGAUGCACCCCCGCCGGCACUGGCUAGUUCGGUGGAGUGGAGCACAUCUCUGGAGAGAUCAUCCAGUGCCAAGUGCAAUGCCACUGACUCCAGCGACGAGGAUGAUGAUGAUGAUGAUGAUGAGGCAGACGUGUUCUGUGCGUCUUUUCUCCCAUCCAGCAGCGGCUCGGAAAGUGACAUCAUCUUUGACAAUGGUGAUGUGAGCCGAGACAGUAUUGUGCAGGAAUCGUUGAGUAAACGGCAAGGUGUGGACACAGAAGAGAGCUCAGUAUCCGAAAGGCCUCCACUUAUUGCACAUUAUCUCUACAUACAGAUGGAAUACUGUGAAAAAAGUACUUUGAGGGACACAAUAGACCAGGGUCUUUAUCAGGACUGCAGUCGUCUUUGGAGACUCUUCAGGGAGAUCCUGGAUGGCAUAGCAUACAUUCAUGAACAGGGAAUGAUUCACAGAGAUUUGAAGCCUGUCAACAUUUUCUUGGAUUCUCGUGACCAUGUCAAGAUCGGAGACUUUGGCUUGGCUACUGACCAUCCAGCUAGCAUGGCUUCAGGUAUACUGGAGGUGGAGGACAACAGCUCAGGUCUUGUGUUAAAAUCAGACCCAACAGGUAACAUGACUGGGAUGGUUGGCACUGCACUAUAUGUCAGCCCAGAGGUUCAAGGAAACACAAAAGCAACUUACAACCAGAAAGUGGAUCUGUUCAGUUUGGGCAUCAUCUUGUUUGAGAUGUCUUACAGACCAAUGACCACAGCUUCUGAACGCAUCUCUGUCCUCAGCCAGCUCAGAAAGGAGACCAUGGAGUUCCCUGAAGAUUUUUUCGAAUAUGAAAAUGGAACACAGAGGAGGGUGAUUUGCUGGCUGCUGAGCCAUGACCCAGCCCUGCGGCCCACAGCACUGGAGCUUUUGAAGAGCGAUCUCCUCCCUCCUCCUCAGAUGGAGGAAUCAGAGCUACAUGAGGUGCUGCAGCACACCAUGGCCAACAUUAAUGGCAAGGCCUACCGCACCAUGGUGAACCAACUGUUCUCCCAGAACAACUCUCCUGUAAUGGACUACACUUAUGAUAUUGACAUUCAUAAGGGCAGUUUUAAUUUCAACAGCGCAAAACUGCAGCAGUACGUGUACGAGACAAUCACCAGGGUCUUCAGAAAGCAUGGUGCAGUAAGGUUACAGACUCCUCUCCUCCUGCCCAGGAACAGGAAGCUGUAUGAAGGCAUUGAGAUUGCCUGCUUUAUGGAUCACAGUGGCAUGCUGGUCACUUUGCCCUAUGACCUGAGGGUCUCAUUUGCCAGAUUUGUGGCCAGAAAUGGCAUUUCACACCUCAAAAGGUACAGCAUUGAGCGUGUGUUCAGGCCAAGGAAGUUGGACAGAGCUCAUCCGAAAGAGCUGCUUGAAUGCGCGUUCGACAUUGUUGUGCCUGCGACAACUAGCUUACUCCCUGACGCUGAGACCAUCUACACCAUCUCUGAAGUUAUUCAAGAGUUCAGUGUGCUCCAGGAAAGGAACUACACUAUCUAUGUGAACCACACAAGCCUGUUACGAGCUAUUCUGCUGCACAGCGGUGUGCCAGAAGACAAACUAAGCCAGGCUUCCAGCAUAUUGUGUGACGCCAUGAGUGAGAAGCUGACGAAACGCGAAGUGGAAGCCAAGUUCUGCAACCUGUCCUUGUCUAAUAACAGUUUGCAGAUGUUAUAUAAGUUCAUUGAGCAGAAGGGAGAGCUGCGUGAAAUCAGUCCUCUCAUCAACUCUCUGGCCAAACAGAAGACUGCUGCAGUCACACAGCUGGCCAAGCAAGGCCUCAAAGAUCUGGAGGAGCUUACAGGUUUGCUCAGGAGACUGGGAGUUAAAAUACAGGUUAUAGUCAAUUUGGGCCUGGUCUACAAGGUGCAACAACACUGUGGGGUUGUCUUCCAGUUUGUGGCCUUUAUCAAGAAACGAAAGCGCACUGUUCCUGAUAUAAUCGCAGCUGGAGGACGUUAUGACCACCUGAUCCUGGACUUCCUUGGACCAGCAGCUACUGCGUCUGUGGCCUCAGCGGUGGGGGCGAGCAUAGCACUUGAUAAGAUUUGUAUUGCCAUGGCAGCCAUGGAAGAACCGCCUCCUGUAAGCUUGUGUGAUGUGCUGGUGGUUCCUGUAGGCCACACAUCAAUGAGCAGAGCCAUUAAUGUCACGCAGAAGCUCUGGACUGCCGGAGUGUCGGCUGAUUUGGUUUACGAUGUGUCACAGUCUCAGGAGGCCCUUCUGGAUCACUGCAGGCUUGCAGGCAGUACAUUCAUGGUUCUGGUCUCAGACAAAGAGGGCACCUAUGUUAAAGUAAAAUCUUUCGAGAAAGACCGUCAGUUAGAAAAGAGAAUACAAGAGACGGACUUGGUGGAUCACAUCAUCCAAAAAUGCCGGCCCAAACUCUCUGAUGAGAGAAGCCGAGAGGUAUCGGAGGGAGGGUCUCUCCAGAAUCCUAAGGGAUCACUCUUGCUAAACUCAGGGUCAUCGGAGCAGCACGGGGGAGGUGCAACAAUGAACAUGAAUGUAAACCUGGUUACUCCGGACAAGGUUUCAGCCAGCACACGACGCCGCUAUGAGACACAGAUACAAACCAGAUUGCAAAAUCUUGGCAACAAUUUGCAGAACAAGAGUAAUGACAUCGAGGUGUUGGCAGUUGACUUGUCCAAGGAGACCCUCAUCAACUUCCUGUCUCUGGAGUUUGAAGGAGAGGAGCAGUUCAACAUCAGCGUUAAACAAUUACUGAUGCACCUGCCCAAGCAGCGCUAUCUUAAAUCCAUCUGUGAAGAGAUCCACCGUUUCAAGAUGAUUAAAAGGGUUGCAGUUGUUGUCUUGUACAGUUACAGAGAUGACUACUACAAGAUUCUUCUUUAACCUAGACAAUGUCCUUCAUUCUAGUGGGUAGCAGAAGCAAUAAAAUAGCUUGAAAAUAAACACUUAAGACCCAUGGAUCACACAGUGAUAUACAGCAUUUAUUCCUUUUCAAAACAAAAAAAAGCAGAUAGACAUGAAAAUGGUUUACAAAAUUAACAAUGUACAGCAGCUUUGGCUACUAUGGUUUCUGUCAACAUCCAAACAGCACAAAUUUCUUGGUACGCAAACUAUAGUUCAGUAUUAAUAAAUAAACUGUUUUGAAAAAAUAAAUAAUGUACUCUAUCUAUGGUUUAUCUACCUUUUUACAUUUAAGAAAUACAACACUAGAAUGGCCAUUAUUAUCAUAAUUUAAAGCCAACAGCUAUAAAGCUGAUCUAAAAUUGUUCUUGCUUUUUGUUUUGCCCCUCUCCCACAUUAUAGUUUCAAGCCCCCCAUUGCAACACUCCUUAUGGAAAAAAAGAUCCUAGCAAAAAAACUGAGUCAAAUUGUCCUGUGAAUGUAUUGUGUAACGCUUGGCAGUAAAUCCCAAAUAGAAACACUGUUUACUGAAGCAGUUUUACCAUCCUGAUAUGAACGUGAAAUCCCUGUCCAUGCAUCAGUCUUUCCUGGAAUAUUUUGCACAUUUUUGGUAAGCAGCUGACCCUAAUAAUACCUGCUGCCUUUUUCUGCAUCAGCCAUGUGCAUAGUAAUACUGCAGGAACCAAAACUGUAUAAGACUUGAUAUUUAUUUUGAUAGUCCAGUAUUGCAAUGGCCACAAAUAGUUAGAUCUGAUUUACAGAGUUAUCAUCUAGCUAUAUCUCUUGUAGGCUACAGGGAAAAAAAAGAAAUAUCCUAAAAUAUUGUGAGCUUAUUGUCAGUGCACUCAAUGAUUUUAAUCAAUGGCUGACAAACGUUUUUUUUGGCAUACCGUACUUUUUAGAUAGAUUCUGACCCACAUAGGUUGUAAUGUAAUGGAUUUUUAGUCUAGGUUCUUAACCAUCACAUUUUACUACUUAAAGAAGCCAUAAAAUAAACCAUCAGGUCACUAAGACUACAAUUAAUAUACUUAAAGGUAAAAUGAAAAUAGACAUAAACCAGAGUCUGAAUAUCCGGUCAUCUUGAAGGGUGCUGAUAAUUCAGAUUCUGCUUUUUGUUCAAUGUACACUCACCCAGCCACUUUAUCAGGAGCAUAGGUACAUACAUGGAUUAAAUUUGAUGAAAAUCAAUCACGUCAGAGCAGCGCAAUGCAAAAAAUCAUUCAAAUGCAGCUCAUGAGGUUCCGUUUUCAGAAGGUUUCCUUCAAACAUGACAAUUGGGGAAAAUUGUCUGAGCCAUGCAGGCUGGUUUCAGUAUUUUAGAAACUGGUGACCUGGGAUUUUCACACAAUGGAGAUUAGACAGAACGGUUCAGAAAACAUAAACCAUUCAGAGUUGCAUUGGCAAAAAAUAGAGGAGAGUGAAAAAUGGCUGAAUUUGUUUGAGGGAAGCCUAAAGUACCGCAAAUAAACACUCCUCACAAAUAUGGUAAGCAGGAAAAGUGUAAAGUUGAACCUCGAUAUUCGCAACUUUUCAUUUGGAACCGGACAAAGAGUAACUCGCGAAAAAUCUGAUAGUUCGUGAGAAGCCGCGAGUGGCUCUAAAGUUCGGCAUAACAUUUCAAAACAGAGUUUGUACUAAUAAAUUACAUAAAAUGUUUGAAAAACUAUUAUUGUAUUAUUAAUUUAAAGUAGUAAAUAAAAUAUUUAUGGCAACAAAACAUUUCUUGAGUUUACAGUAUAUGUACAAUUCCCCUUGAAAAAGGAAACAUCAAAAGGAGAGAGUCAAAACCUCACAAUUUUUUAUUACUCGUGAGGGGUCAUAGGACGUAACCCCCACGAGUAUCGAAGUUGCACUGUGUCAAAAUGCAAAACGGAUCAAAUCUUAAGGUGAAUGGGCUCCAACAGCAGACGACCACAUUGAGCUCCAUUACUGUCUGAUAAGAAGAAAGAUCUGAGAUUUUAGUGGUCACUGAUAGUUUAAGAUGAGAGAAAAGAUCAGAAUAUUGAUUUAUUUUUUUUUAAUUCAAUACAAUCGCAGGUGAUCAGCAGUUUCUGAAACCUCAAACCAGCGCAUCAGCCCCCAGCACACCAUGCCAUUGACAAGUCAGUGAGAAAUUUUUCCCUGAUGACCAAGAUCACUUUUUCCUCCUGUACUGAUGGCAAAACUCAAACUGGAUCUGGAUAAUUUUAUGCACUGGCUGAUUGGAUAUUUGCUGUAUGCAGGUGUUCCGAAUAAAAUUGGUCAUGAAU